AUGACCUCUCGGACACUUUUAUUUUUUCAGCCUAUUGCUUCGACACACUUCCGCCAUCUGAUCCCUUCUCAGAUCGCACCAAAACGAUGUAUUGGAACAGCUCAUGAGGUUGAGAGCACGAACAUCAGUCAUGCCAGGUCUAUUGCGGAAGCACCAACCAAGGCUAAGUGGCACGAUGCUGGGCACGACCCACUCCCACCGACCGUAUUCCUCCUAUAUCCCUCACAGCCGCUCUCGCAUGUCGCGCGGCUCAUACUCGCCUCCCUCGCUCCAGCCAGGCCCUCGGUGUCGUUCCGGAGCAGGACGCCCAACGGCAGCACGUUCUCGUGGGCAGGCUCGACCGACGUUGGCCACUUCAUCCGCGAUGCUGCGCGAGCGAGCGAGUUUAGGAUCUGCAUCGGCGAGGACGCAACGGGUGCCGCGCCCGACGGCCAGCACGUGCAGGCAAGAAUCAGCGUUGAGGUACCGUCGUUCGAAAGCCGGACGCGCUUUCUGUGCCGCCUGCCAGUGGUGGUUCAGGAGGAGCUCAGCAAGAUGGAGGCGCUUAAGCAUCAAUGCGAUAUUGAGGCGCACCGGGAGAAUGGCGAUGCUGGGGACGUUAUGGAGCCCAUCACAUACCUUUUCGGACUCUCAAUGGUGAUCAUUGGGUACCUCUCGUUCCUCUGCCAGGGACGAGAGGUGUCCUACUCAUCGGUGCUGCGGCGGAGCCGUUGGCUCGAGCUCGUGAGCGAGGGCAAGGCGCUGCGCAAGGAAAUUGACAAGAUCGCGGAGGACUACGACGAGCGGCUCCAUCAAGAGAAGCAGGAGGAGGCCUCGCACACGCAAGAACAGACAAGGCCCGAGGAGGCGGAUAGCUUGGCACACGAGUUCCAGAGCGAGGCUGACAGGGACACGGAGGCAAAAGCUGAUGGCGAGAGGAAGCUGUGA